GCUUAAGACGCUUUUUUGUAAAGACGACUUCAAUUGCAUAUCGUGGUGCUAUCUACAUACAUAUGUAUGUAAAUACAUAUUUACAACAAAUUGCAUGAACAACAAACACAUCCGUUUUCUGCGUAAAAAAAAAUUUUGAAAAUAUUUUUGUGUACGUAAAAUGAGUUUGGGCGGUGAUAAAACGUUCAAGAUGAGAAUGCGCGACAUGGAAAACGCUUUCAGAUAUCGCCGGAUACCUUAUCCAAAGAGAUCCGUUGAACUCAUCGCUAUAUUGGCCAUAUCCUGCACAUUUUUCCUUUUUAUGCAUACAAAUAAAUUAAAUAGUCGCCUCAAGGAGAUGGAAGUGAAAUUACAACCAUCGGAAUUUUCAGCACUCGGCUUAACUGGUAAUCAGAUCAAUUCAAGAGAGUCAAGACGUGAUAAUAUCAAUACACUUCAUGGCACAUAUCAAUACCUAAAAAGUACUGGCCAGCGUAGACCACGUAUUCGUCAUAAUGAAGUUCACGCACAAAGCAACAAUGAGAAUAUUGAAGAGCAACGCGAGCAGAGGCAUAGUCCUCCGCAUCAUCAUCGACAACGUCAUCAUCAGCAUCGUCGUCAGCAAAAUGGAGAGAAUGCUCGCAAUAAUGACGAAUAUGAAGAAUCGCUCGACGAUGCAUAUGAAAAUGAUGAAAGUCAUGAAGAUACUCCAGAGUGGGGCAUUAGCGCUGACGAAUUGAAUAAUACAAAGAAGGCUGACAUAGAUAUGAUAUUCUUUAAUCGGGUAGCCAAAGUGGGUAGUCAAUCUUUAAUGGAACUUAUGUCACAUUUGGGCCGACUACACGGCUAUAAAGCAUCACGCGAUGCUGGCAAGCGUUACGAAACUGUGCUGUUGGCACCACAUCUCCAGCGUGAAUUGGCAGUCGAGAUUUUAGGAAAGCAAAAACCACAUGCCUACUCUCAACAUUUGGCCUAUUUGAAUUUUACGCGCUUUCACUUACCCAGACCGAUUUAUAUUAAUUUGGUUCGACAUCCUAUCGAUCGUGUCAUUAGUUGGCAUUAUUAUAUUCGUGCCGAAUGGUAUUACAUAGAUAUGAAGGCUAAGUUGGGUGAUAUGGCACCACCACGACCUUCGGACGAAUUCAUGAAUAUGGAUAUAGAUACAUGCAUAAAAACCAAAAGUAUAUUAUGUACAUUCAAUCAGGAUGAGGCAACAAAUGAAUCCGGUGAUCAUCGCCGGCAAACACUAUUCUUUUGCGGACAAAAUAAAAAAUUGUGUAUGCCCUUCAAUUCCGUUACGGCAAUGCAAAAAGCCAAACGAACGGUCGAACAAGAAUAUGCCGUUGUUGGAACGUGGGAAGAUACAAACAUAACGCUAACAGUGCUUGAACACUAUAUACCGAAAUAUUUCAAACAUGCAAAAGUCGUGUACCACAUGGGUAAAGAACGCUUAUCGUCUGUGAAUAAGAAUCCGGCAAAGCGACCAGUGAGCCAGGAAACGCGUGACAUCCUUAGCAAAAAUUUUACCAACGAAAUUGAAUUCUAUGAAUUUUGCAAGCAACGUUUAUAUCUACAAUACAGCGCGAUAAGUAAAUUCAACAAAAUCGACAAUGAUGACUAUGUUCUAUUGCCGCAUUAUAAUAAUAAUGAUGAAAUAUAUAAUGAGGAUUAUUAAAUAUGUAUGUACUAUAAGGUGAUUCAAUAAGACCGCAGAUGUUCGUAAUAGGGCGAUUGUUUCAUGCGCUGUGUGGCAACUGGCACCCUUCCUGUUUAAGCCAUGUUAUAUUGUCCAAGUCCAUGUCAUAUAAUUUAGGCCAUGCUAAGUUCGUUUCGUUUGUUCGUUCACCGUAACAGCGCUACCGGUACUAUUUUCGCAGAAGUACGGUCGGAGGCGGAGUCAGCCUAAAAACAA